AUGGACGGAAACAUGUAUCAACAGGUGCAGUUCCGCUAUGGCGAUAUUGCUAGACGCUCUUCCGUCACUGGCACUCAACACGAUGGCGAAGAGCAGAUUGCCAUGGCCUUCGGCUACAGCGCAAAAGAGCUUUCUACUCUUCCAGAAAAAGCAAAUCUGGGUUUAAGCUGUGGCAAUCCUAUGGCAUAUGCGAAUAUAAAGGAGGGAGAGACAGUCAUCGACCUUGGUAGUGGAGGUGGCAUCGAUGUUAUUCUGGCAGCUCGUAAGGUCGGACCACAAGGGAAGGCCAUUGGAAUAGACAUGACAAAGGACAUGAUCGAACUGGCAAAAAACAACGCCAAGGCCGCUGACUUGUCUAAUACCUUGUUUAUCGAAGCAUCCAUCACCUCUAUUCCGCUUCCAGAUUCAACUAUUGACUGUAUCGUCAGUAACUGUGUCAUCAAUCUCGUUCCACGAAAGGACAAAGCGUCUGUAUUCCAGGAGAUUGCUCGUUUAUUGAAGCCUGGUGGAAGGGUUGCUAUCAGUGAUAUUCUGGCAAGGAAGGAGCUUCCGAGAAACAUCAUCGAUGAUAUGGCGCUCUAUGUGGGAUGUAUUGCAGGUGCCAGUCAAGUUGCCGAAUAUGAGGAGUAUCUCGAGCGCGCCGGAUUUAGAGACAUUUUGAUUCUCGAUGCGAAAGCAGAUCUUAACAUUUAUAAACAGUCACCCUACCUAGCUCAGGGUGGUUGCUUGGGUUGGUAA